ACACACAUAUCCCCACACGAACAUUCACAAAGAGAAAAAGCAAGAGAGAGAGUUGGAGAAAAUGGUUUCUUGGCUGAUGACAACCAAGGCGGUGCUAAUCUCAAGCAGCGUCGCCACCGUCGGACUGUUACUUAAGCUCUCUGUUCCUAUAGCUGUUGAUUUCGCCUCAUCGCAAGCUCCGAUCAUAUGGAGCUCUUUGCUAUCGUGGCUGAAACCGCCCUAUCUUUACAUCCUCACCAACGGAAUCAUCAUCACUAUCGUCGCUUCUUCGAAAUAUUACCAGAGCACUGGCCACCAUGAGCAGGAGGACGAUGAUGAUGGCCGUUAUAAGAUCCAGACAGAGCCGAUUGUUCAUGACUCAGCUUCUCCCCGGAUGCUGGAGGUAGAGGAUUUGGAUACAGAUGCGCAAUUCAAUUUCGUAGCUGCGAAUCCACCAGAGGUGGUUACAUAUGAGGACGAGGAGGUUGCGGAGGAAGAGAAGAGAGUAGAUGUGAUGACGAUGGUGGAAGAUGAAACUGAAUCGGAGUCUAAGACUGUAAUUAUGGUGGAAAUUUCCGAUUUGGUUGGAUCUGGUGGAGAUGACGACGUCAUGUUUCCGCGGGAUAUUUCAAGUCGAAAUAAUCUGCCGCCGAGGAUGACUGAAUCGGAAAAUCUUCCUCCGACGGAUUCAAGAUUCGGCCACCAGAAGUCGGUGAAAGGUGGAAGAGCGGUGUUGAGAGUGAGGAAGGCGAAGCAGAACGAGACGCUAGAGAACACUUGGAAAAUGAUAACCCAAGGAAAGUCAACACCGUUGACCAAUCAGUUAUACCGGAGAUCUGACACCUUUAGCCGUGGAGAUUCAGGUGAUAGCGGCGAGGCUAAACCGGUUUACAAAAAAUCGGCCACGUUUAGGGACAGGACUAACUAUCACCAGUCUCCGGUGAGGAAAGAGCCGUCACCGAGUCAGGAUGAGUUGAAUCGGCGAGUGGAAGCGUUUAUUAAGAAGUUUAAUGAGGAUAUGAAGUUGCAGAGAAUGGAGUCGCUGAGACAGUACAACAAAACAACCGGUCGUGGGGUUUAGCCUUUUGUCUGCUUUUUAUUUUUUCCGUUUAAUAUUUUAUUAGUUUUUUAUAUUCAAGAAAGGAAAAAAACAAACUAUAGGGCAAUUGAAGCAUCAUAGAUUUUUACCAAAACCAGAAAAAAAGUAAAAAGAAUAACUAUCACUGUAAAAAUUAUAUGUUCUUUAGUUAGGGUUGCACACUUGAGCAGUUUUUUUUCUUACCUUUUGUUGUUGUUGUUGUUGUUGUGUGUAUAGCUUAAGUUAGCUACACAUUUGUUUGUUUGACAAAAAAAAAAGCUACACAUUUGGUUUGUGA